AUGGAGACAUUACGGGCCACCGAGGCAACACUUGAACGGGAGCGCCUCGACCAUGAUAGCAAAAUGCAAGAAGCGGACGAAACCAUGGACCGCCUCCGUGCCCGCGUAACCGACGCUGCCAGCAAGUCGGCCGAGAUGCCAACUCAGUCCCCACUCCGCCGCCCAGAAACCGAAAUCAUCAAAGACUGGCAGAGUUUGUCGUACGAUGUGCGGAACCUGGUGAGCAACUACUUCAAGGGGAUAAAGGAGACCAAGAUGGUUAGCUGGGCCAAGUCGCAGGGGCACUACCUCGAAGAGCUCACCCCUUACUAUGCACAAGCGGCGGCAGACAGCAAAUGCGGCAUGGCGUUGAUAGAGGCGGCGAUUUGGAACGUCCUCAUGAAACUGGUUUUUGGGGAUUCGGCGACGAAUGGAGCCAUGUGCUGGGCAGGGAGGCAUAGCGGGAAACUUUCGAAGCUGAGCAGGGAGGUAUUUAAAGACAUCCCUCGGAAGGACUGGGAUGAACAAGCCCCCUUGUUCCACCGGUGGAAAGCUUUAACAACAGAUCUAGUCUCAGGCAUCAGCCUGAAGCAGGACCGCGAAGACAGGAUUGCCGACGUGACUGACGAGCUAGAAAACAUGAUGGAGCGCUUUCGAUCCAAGCUGAGCUUCGCGUCGUUCCGUCGAGAGCUUCAGAGCGUCGUGCGUCAGGCCAUCGAGCUAGACGAGUUGUUCUGCGGCCAGGAAGCUUGGUAUCGUCUUGCCGUGCCAGCAGUGGGACGCCAUGAUAUUGAGGUCGAUCGGAAUUCAAUGAGCAUUGCGGGUGGGGGAGUGAACACAAGGAAUGUCAGGUUUUUGAUCCGGCCAUGCCUCUGUCGCGCUGGUGGUGGAAGAGGGGAGCCCUAUGAAAAGGCCUUCUUGUUAGAUAACUAUGUUGUGUGGACGUAUUAG